AUGAAAUAUGUCAACCUUGGAAAAAGCGGUCUGAAGGUUUCCAAGAUCAUUCUGGGGUGUAUGAGCUACGGUGUCAAGCGGCCCAAGGACAAGUGGACCUGGGUACUUGAGGAGGAGGAAGCUAUGAAGCACCUCAAGUACGCCUACGACAAUGGUAUCAACACCUUCGACACCGCCGACACCUACAGUCAAGGCAACAGCGAGCGCAUCCUCGGAUCCUUCCUUAAGAAGUACGACAUCCCCCGGGAGAGCGUCGUCAUCCUCACCAAGACCUUCUUCAAGUGGGGCGAUGCGGAAUCGUACGGUCCCGCAGGCCAUGUAAAUAACUCUGGUUUGAACAGGAAGCGCAUCUUUGCGGCUGUCAAGGCAUCGUGCGAGCGGCUUGGGACGGACUAUGUCGAUGUCUUCCAGUGCCAUCGCUUCGACAAUGAUACCCCGAUCGAAGAGACCAUGCAGGCGCUGCACGACAUAGUCCAGGCUGGGUACGCGAGAUACAUCGGCAUGUCGAGUUGCUGGGCUUGGCAGUUCCAGGUCAUGCAGCAGUAUGCCAUUCAGAACCGCUUGACUCCGUUCAUCAGCAUGCAGAACUUCCACAAUGCAAUGUAUCGGGAGGAAGAGCGCGAGAUGAUGCCUACCCUGCAGCACUUUGGUGUCGGCUGCAUCCCCUGGUCCCCGCUCGGAGGUGGCAUCCUCUGCCGCCCAUACUCUGCCGAGAAAUCGACCGACCGCUCCAAGGAGCUCUCCUUCGGCGGCGAACCUAGCGCCGCAACCCAAGCCAUCAUCGCCGAGAUCGAAGAGAUCGCCAAGAAGCGCGGGAUCCCCAUGUCGCACGUCGCCUUCGCAUGGUCCACCUCCAAGCCGUUCGUCACUGCUCCUAUCAUUGGGACGACCAAGAUCGAACAGUUGAAGGACGCGAUCGAGGCGGUCAGUGUCGAAUUGACCAAGGAGGAGGUGGAGGAGAUUGACAAGUUGUACGAGCCGACCAAGGUGUUUGGGCAUGCUUAG